AUGGACCAGAGACUCGCCUCUGUCGCCAAAACGAUCCACUCUGCGGGAGUUGUCUUUAUGUGGGCCAUCGAGCUGAUACUUGCCCGCGCCCGCAGCCCGGCAGCUGCACAAGCUGCGGCGUUCAGGUACCUGCUGCUACUUCUGACGGCCCCACGGAACACCAGUGCAUUCCGAGCUGCCUCUUCUGCGGUGGUUGCCACAAGACUGGAGCUCCCGGUUGUGCUGGACGGUUCCGGCAGCCGGUCAACACCAGCCACCAAGUCGAAUAAGCCAGAACCCAAGAAGACCUACACCGGGCACUCCACCAAUGUGAAGUCUGGGACCCCGUCGGAGCCUCCUGUCUUGGUCAAGGAUUUCCCACCCUUGACACCCGUCCAAGCACAGGAAUUAGAAUCCAAGCAGGUCGGGUCAUCCAAGCCAGUGCAGGAAGCCGAGGCAGAGGACGGGGAUGACGGCUCUUCCGUCACAUCCCGCCUCACUAGCGUGUCGCGGCAGGACGCGGACACGAUCGCUAGCCGAUCUAACAAACAAGCUAAAUAUCUACAAAAAUUUGAGAUUAAACAAUGGAACUGCAGGGGUUUUAGAGCCUGGAAAAAACAGUCGCCCCUCCAGCUCUACUUGCAGUCCCUCGGAAACAUGCCCGCCUCGCUUGCUAUGCAGGAGCCCGGUUUGGACGUUAAAUUCUCUGGCGAUAGCACUUUCCAGGGGGCGCCCUCGUCAUGCAUCCUGGUGAACAAGGCAUAUAAGAUUCAGGUCGAUUUAAACUUAAGUACUGAACAAGAAUACACAAUGGUCAGAAUACUGCCUCUCAGACGUCACGCCCAGUCAAUACACAUCCUAAAUAUAUACAGCCCCCCGCAUAAGCCACGCGUAACCUUUAGCGAAAUCUUCCUCCGGGCGAUCAAGUUGGCAGACAAGGACCCCUCAGUGUUCGUGGGAGACUUCAAUGCUGCCAGCCUUCACUGGGGUUAUCACUACGAGAAGGCCAGAGGACGUAAGCUGGCGGAGCUUAUCUCCUCCCUUCGCCUCACGCUGCUCACGAAUCCGGCGUACCCCACACGAGUGGGGAACUCGGUAACCCGUGACACGUGUCCGGACCUCUCUCUCGUAAAAAAUGCUAAGGAGGCUACCUGGGAGAACUUGGGCGAUUCUCUAGGCAGUGAUCACUGCCUUCUCCGGGUGACACUCCUGCAAAAGUCAGCUAAUAAAAAAUGCGGUCAAGCCAAGCUGACCAAUUGGACCCAAUGAAAUCAGACUAUCCCUCCCGUACUAUUUUCUGGAGGCUAUGCAGAAUGGGCGCAACACGUAAACAACAUUCAGAAAAGACUUGUUACUACCCUCAAAACCAACGAAGAAAUCCCCGCAGUUGACGCUCACCUCCUACACUUGUGGGAGGCGCGCCGAAGCAUGCCAUGCUGCUCAUUAAGCACCAAGUUCCUUGAUGGAUACUCUAGAGAUACAAAGGCUCUUCUUGGCUUAGACCUAGAGAAGGCCUUUGACAACAUCAAGCACGAAUUUAUCUUGGAGACUGUGGCAAACCCGAGCUUGAAACCCAGGCUGUACAACUACAUCGAGGCCCUUCUUGUCUGGAAGAAAAGCGAGGCUGGGCAUCGGGAACUUCUUCUCUGA